CUUCAAGCUUGGACGAGGCGGCAAAGAUCACCCAGGAAGAGCCCAAUCACCGAAUCCUUCGACCAUGACUCUCGACAGCCAGCAUGACAGGGACAGUGUCCACGCGGGGCCGAUCGCCACCGGAACGCUUGCACCUGCAGAAUUACCUUCAAGUGUGGAGCCUAGUGAACUCGCGGAGCUCGGCCACCAACAAGCUGAAACAGCGAUCGCCGUCCCAACGGGGGAAGCCGGCACGUCGUCGGGCAAUGCUAGUCCAGUGGAGGACUUUCAAUUCGAGACAAUCACGUCCACAACCUCGCCGAUACGCGACCGACCUGUGAGUUUCCUGUCCGACGACCCCACUCUCAAAUACAUAAAAUCGCUCGGCGACGACGGUGGCGUCAGUCCCGUCCUUGAGACACCUCCCGCUCUGGUUCCAUCGUCUGCGACAUCCACCGCCAGACCGUACAGCAACAACAAAUUCGAGUCGAGAGAUUCCAGGUUGGGACACCUUGGUCCAGACGGCAUGCCUACCAGUGCGUGGAGCUGGCGUUCAAAGCCCUCCGUGUCUUCGCAACUCGUUCCGAGCAGACCCAGCACGGCUGAAGCAUCAGAUGAAGACACGAAACCCGCCGCCGGCUUCUUCAAGCUGCGCAAUCCCGUCUACGAUCCUCGGGUCGGCGGU